AAGUAAAACGCGCAAACGGAUAAAAAGUGUUAAAAUUGCUUUUAGCAAAUAACAACAAUUUUGUGUUUUUUUUCUUAUAUUUCUCUCUCUGCCCUGUAAAUUUUUGUGUUUUUAAAACAAAAAAUAAAGGAGAAAGAAAAUCAACAAAAUAAAGAAGUGAUUAUUAAAUAAUUUAAGGAAAAUAUAGUGCAAUUUUUCUGUCUAAUAAUAAUUAUAAUAUACAUAAGAAAUAAAAGUGUAAAGGAAUUUUCUAUUUGAUACACAAUUUUUAAGCUUGAAAAAAAGCUGCGUCAACGUUGUCGUCAGUCACGGCUGCGCAGGCGAAGUUAUCAAACUCCAACAACAAACAACAGCUACAAACGAAAAAAAUAUCAAAAGGUAUUUGGCAAAGUUGAAAUAAAAAAAGCUUGAGUUCGUUUAAGUUUACAGCACAGCAGAGUAAGUGUGUUAGAAAGAGAAAGAUGACAAGUGUUUUGUGCCCAAAGAUGCUUAAGGAGAGAAUAAGAUGAAGAAAUAAAUAAUUAAACAAAAAAAUAAUAAAAAGAGUUGUUAAUAAACGACGCAACUUGUUUGAAAAUAAAACAAGCCAAAAAAAAAGAUCAACAAAAAGAAAAACAAUUGAAGAAAAUUUUGUGGCAAAUAACGAAAAAGCAAUGAAGUAGAAUCUAAAAGAAUAAAAGAGAAUCAAGCUAAAAUAUUGUAAUUGUUGCUAAAAAAAUCUAAUUUCAAGCAAUAAGUUGUUAGAAAAAAUUAACUAAUUUAACAAAAGUUCAAAGUGUAAAUGUGUGAGUGUUAAAUUAAAAUAAAAGAAUUGAAAUAAAACGGAAAAGUUAUAAAAAUAUCAAGUCCAAUAAACCCCCGACAAACAAAAAAUUAGUACGCGAAAAAUUGUAUUCACUGUGUGUAACAAAAACAAAGUAUCCACAAAAACAACAAUAAUAUUUAUUUUUUUAUUGUUUUGUUAAUAACUGCUUUAUUGUUUGAACGAGAAGAGAAGUCUCCAAAAUCCAAAAACAAAAGAUUCUAUUACAACUAUAAAAAACGUCUUUGAAUUUUCAAUUUACAUAUAAAAAUUUGUUGCAACAAAAUCUUUGUUAAUGUGUUUCUUCAAGGAGCGAGAAAGCAUUAAAUAAUUAAAUAUUUUUUUGUUUGCAUGGAAAGAAUGUCUCAUGAUACAAACAAAAAAAUGUUGGAUCGUGAAGCUGUACGUUCUGUUAUACAACAAUGGAAUGCAAAUCGUUUAGAUUUGUUUGCCCUUUCCGAACCAGAUGAGAAUUUACUUUUCCAUGGUGUGAUGCGUUUUUAUUUUCAAGAUGCCGGUCAAAAGGUGGCUACCAAAUGUAUACGUGUUGCAUCAGAUGCUACUGUUACAGAUGUAAUUGAAACCCUUAUUGAAAAAUUCCGUCCCGAUAUGCGUAUGCUAUCCGUGCCCAAUUAUGCCUUAUAUGAAGUACACGCCAAUGGCGAAGAAAGACGUUUAAAUCCUGAUGAGAAACCCUUACUCGUACAAUUAAAUUGGCACAUUGAUGACAGAGAAGGCAGAUUUCUACUUAAAAAUAUUGAUCAAAAGACCACCCCCAUCGAACAGACCGACAUUCAUUUCAAAAGAAAACUCUCGAAACGCGAGAAAAAAGAACAGAAAAAGAAAGAUAAACUGGCCAAACUCAAUACAGACGGCACCAACACCACCAUUAAUAGUCAUACAAAUGGUCUCAAUGGCUCGAAUGGCACGGAUACUGAGACACAAGUAGCGGGUAAACUUUAUACCGAAUUGCCCGAAACCUCCUUUACACGUUCCAUUUCAAAUCCCGAGGCAGUAAUGCGUCGCCGUAGACAACAGAAGCUGGAAAAGAAAUUACAACAGUUCCGUUCUCGUGAUGGUGGACCCGAUACGGGUGGUACUUUAAAGAUUUAUGGAGAAAGUUUGUGUCAAGAUGUGCCUUACAAAACGUUACUGCUGUCAAUACGCGAUUGCGCCCAGGCGGUGGUGAGGGAAAUGUUAACGAAAUAUGGUUUGGAGAAGGCGGAUCCAAUGCAUUAUUGUUUAGUACAGGUUAAUAGCGAUGGUUCCGAGUAUAUCUUAGAUGAUGAUGAGUGUCCUUUGUCGAUUUUAAUGAAUCAUCCAACAUCAAGGGGUUCCAUCAUGUUUCACGUGAGAAGACGUCCAGCUGAUUCACAGCCGCGUAGACGUAAGAAAAAGCCUUUGGGAGCUGCUAAUGGGACCAAUAAUAUAUCACAAGACAGAGAGGGACCAAUGCUAGUUGAAGUAACGCAUAGCGGUGAUGGCGGUAGACGUAUUAAAUUAGGAAAUGAUCCAAUUGAGGUCGGCUCAGCCAAUACAAAUUGCCUGCAAUUAUUCGGACCCUCCAUACAACCCCGUCAUUGUUUAAUAUCUCUAGUUGAGGGUGUCUGCACCGUAACACCCCUACACACCGAUGCCUUGACCUUUGUUAAUGGCCAUCACAUAACGCAGCCAACUAUUUUGCAUAACGGUUCGGUUGUUAUGUUUGGUCGUGUGGCAUCUUAUCGCUUUGUCGAUUCACCAACUGAUGGCCGUUACAAUUUGGCCUUGUCACAGUCACAAUUGGAUUCAGCGUGCCUCUAUGAAAGUCGUUCACCAACUUCACCUGGUUCAUGGAAUGAUGAAGAUGGAGCCUUAAGUUCGACCCAUAAAAGUGAAUACGAUCCCCAUAACAGCAAUCCGGCGGAGCAUACAGAAAUUGAUGGUAAAUUACGUUCAAAUGGUUCAGAACAUAAUAAUCAUACCAGUGCAACAUUAGGUGGCAAUUUCACAAGCGGUAGUGGUGGUGGAGCCGCUGGCAAUGCUGCAGAUACACAAAGUUUAGAAGGUAAUCUGGAGAAUGAAACAAAAUCAAUAUCCAGUUUAAAAUCGGCAGGUUCAAAUAGUCAAGAAAGAUCUCCCAAAAUGCCUUCAUCAUCGACCUCAGCAGCUGCCCAUAUCGAACCGCAGGGUCAAGAACCAAUUCUCCCCGCAGUUUUAGAAUUUCCUGAAACACAUCAGGAAUUAUUUCUAAGACAUAUUAUAAGUGAAUUGGAUGUAAAUGCGCCACAUUUUAAAUUAGCUCCUGUAUAUUCAUUAUAUUUAUGUGCCAGAUACCGUGCUUCAACACACUACCGUCCAGAGCUCCAGCCCACAGAGCGUGCUCACAAACUAACCAUAUUCUUACAUCAUGUUGCUAACCUUAUUUACAACGUUGUUCAAGAACAAUAUUCAGAUCCACGUAUCUUGGCCUUUUGGAUGGCUAAUUCAUCAGAGUUCUUACACUUCCUGAAAUCCGAUCGUCACAUCAGUGCAUUCUCGGUGCAAGCCCAAGAAGUGUUGGCGGAAAGUGUACAGACAGCUUUUCGUAAUUUAGUAAAUUGUUUUAGAGUGGAACUAUCACAAACAUUGAAUCAGUUCCUGUCGGAAACCAUAGAUCAUGAUUCGGCCGCUGGUUUAGUGUUAACAGUGCUGGGUUCGGCCAUGGCAUUGCUGAGAAGAUGUCGCGUUAAUGCUGCCUUAACCAUACAAUUAUUUUCGCAAUUAUUUCAUUAUAUUAAUGUGAUUUGUUUUAAUACGAUUGUGGCCAACUCCCAUAUGUGCACCGCCGAAUGGGGCAAAGUUAUGACCGAACGUUUACAGCUCUUAGAACUUUGGGCCGAACGCCAGGGUUUAGAAUUAGCAGCCGAUUGUCAUCUGGCUAAAAUUAAUCAAUGUGCCCAAUUUCUGCAGGCACCCAAAACAUCCGUUGAGGAAAUCCAACAAUUGGCUUGCUCUUGUUUCCGUUUGAACUCUUUGCAAAUGGCUGCUUUACUACAACAAGAGAAAAUUCCCCGAAAUCUGGUGGAUACCGCCAUACGUAUGGCUGAGUCGGUGGCCGACGAACUAACACGAGCCGAUGGCCGUGAAGUACGCUUAGAAGAAUCACCUGAAUUACACUUAGCUUUGCUAUUACCCGAUGAUGGUUUCAGUUGCGAUGUAGUGCGUGGUAUACCUUCGGGUUUGGUUGAUUUCAUUAAUCCUUUGCAGCAACAAGGCAUGUGCCGUUUGGCUGCCCAACCCACUUCGAUUGGUCUGUGGACGGUUUAUAUGCAUCAGUUUAAUACCCGUUCUUCGAGUUCUAUGUCUAAUAAACUUCCUCAACCCGAAGUACAAGUUAUUAAAUUACAUAAAAAUUCCAAUGGCAUGGGUUUAUCCAUAGUGGCAGCUAAAGGCGCUGGCCAAGAACGUUUGGGUAUUUAUAUAAAAAGUGUAGUGCCGGGUGGUGCUGCCGAUGCUGAUGGCCGUUUACAGGCUGGUGAUCAGCUAUUGCGUGUUGAUGGUCAAAGCUUGAUAGGCAUAACACAAGAAAGGGCUGCCGAUUAUUUGGUACGCACAGGACCUGUUGUUACCUUGGAAGUAGCCAAACAAGGAGCAAUCUAUCAUGGCUUGGCAACUUUAUUGCAACAACCCAGUCCUGUUAUACAACGUGGUAAUCGUCGCAUGUCUGAACGUGAUCUAACACGCAUGGGAACUGAUAGUAAUAAAAGUAUGAGUGGUGGUCCUCUAUUAACAAAUAAUCAUUUACCCAAUAGUAAAUCUGUACCAGCACUACAUCAUCAUACAGGCAGUGGUACUAUUUCCAUGGCCAAUUCAAAAUCACGCAGUACCCACAGUUUGGCCAAUACGAAUCCAAAUUUAAAUAGCAAUAAUAACAACGAACAGGGUUUCUAUCAAAAUUUAAGUAUUUAUCGCAAUCAAAAUCAAUCACAGCCCAUCUUAAGUGAAAGACCACCCAUGCCAUCACAUUCCGCAAUGAGCGCAUACAAUGGAAAUUCCCAACAAAAUUUACAAAAUCCAAUUCUCUCGCCAAUAAAUGGUACAAACCAAGCAACAAACCUAAACCAACAACAGCCACCUUACCAGCAGCAGCAACAGCAACAACAUACCCAACAUUCAUUAAUGACAGCACCACAUACAUCUAAUAUGCCACCAAGUCGUCCACAAUCGGCAUACUAUCAGCAUCAAGCAACACCAGCAACGACCACCACACAACAUCAACACUUAAAUGCCCAUCAACAAUCACAACAAUUUCCACAACAUGGUCAAGCCUUCAGUGCUAGCACAACGAAUUUAAGUGGCAUGCAACAACAACAGCAAUUGCAGCAACAGCUGCAACACAUGACACCGCAACAACAGCAACAGUAUCAGCAGCAACAACAAAGUUUAACUUUGGGCAAUCGUUCGAAGAGCACCCAAAAUUUCCAACGUGACAUGCAGACCCAACAAAGUUUGCGCAUACAACAAAUGAUGGCCCCAUCAAUGCCCAACAUCAGUAACAUGUAUCAACAACAACAGCAGCAGCAGCAACAACAACAGCAACACAAUACAUCGUUGCAGCAACAUAGUAUGACAAUGCCGUCUAGCAUAGCAGCUAGUCAAAGCAUGCAGAAUGUUUCCUCAAUGGCGGAUGAAAGCAGAUAUUCUCAAACGGCCAAUAAUUCAUUAAUGGAGCCGAAUGGUUAUCAACAGCAAUCGCCUGCUGGAGCCCAGACACUAAGAAGAAACAUGCGUGCUGAAUAUAUACAGCAACAGGCAGCUGCAGCGGGAGGUAUGGAAAGUGCCCAGCAUUCUCCAAACUUUAUGCAACAACAGCAGCAGCAGGGUAAUUUCAUGAACCUGCCACCUAAACCGGGAAUGCAACAACACCAACAGCAGCAACAGUUGACGCCGCCCAAACAGCAACAACAGUUGCCACCUACCGCUCCCAAACCUUUGCAACAAAACAGAUUAUCCCUCCAACAGCAGCAACAACAGGCUUAUAACAAUUCUAAUAUGUACCAGCAGCAACCAACCCAACAACCCGGUGAGGAUAAACCUCCCCUACCACCCACUACCACACAUCCUCUAUACAAGGCCACCCAACAGAUUACACCCGGCAUGAAUUAUGUGGCCAGCACUAUAGAUCCACCUAAGGGAGGUUAUAUGCCAGUGGCGGCUUCUGCUUUGCAACAGCAUAAAAACAUGCAUGGCGGUAAUCCAUGGGAAAGGGAAGAACGCGAAAAAGACCUGGAAAUGCGUAGAGAACACAUACGCCAUUGGCGUGAACAACAAAUCAAUGAUUUGUCUUCUUUAGCUCAAAGAUCACCGCAACAAGAUGAACAAUUAAAAACUCUUAUACUCGAAAGAGAUUUCGAAAGAAGAGCCCAAGAAAUGGAAGAGCAAGAAGAUGAAAGUGAGACUUCCUAUGAGAAGGAGAAUGUACAGGAAGUAUUCCGCUUAAAUCAGCAACAAAAUGUCGUACAGACACCAGUGACAAACUUUAGACAAACCGAAAUAAAAUUGGCCUCGGUCAUGGACAGUCAACGUUCUCAAAUUAAUAAUAAUUCCAACGAAACAUCACCUUUAAAUUCGAACAGAAAUUCAGCCGCGGAACCUGUACUACCACCCGCACCCAUACAACCAACUCCGGCCACUGCUACCACUACUAUUGUGACCACAAACAGCAACACCUCUACCAUACAACCGAAAUCCAUAUUGAAAAAUAAUCGUUAUGAUGGUUCAAAUACCGCCCCAUCAUCACCCUCUAAAUCACAAAAAUCUACUUCAUUUGCUGAUGAUAAACACUUACAAACAGAACAUCCCAUCUCAUCGUUGGCUCGUGACCUCAACCAUCUAUCAAUGUCCAACGCCACAUUAAACUCAAACACUACAUCGUCGAAUUCAUACGACAACAAUAUGAAUUCGGAAAAUUCACCCUUAGCUGGCUCAGCGGCCGUGCCACCACCUCCACCACCAGAACGCAACAGUUCUUACUUGAUUAUGUCCCAACAAAAGCUGCGCAAUUCUUCCAUUGGUCUUCUCAAGACAGCCACCAUCAAUUCGGCCGAUCUACAAAAGAAAUCCUCCGCCUCGAGUAUUCUCAUGAACAACAAUAAUAAUAAUAUACAAAAUAAUUUAUUAAACAUGAAUACGGCGAGUGCAUCUCUACAAUCAUCACCUUCAUCUUCCACCAUGGAUAUGUUUAAUGCGGCAGCGUCCGCCACACACAGUAAUAGUGCCAGUCCAUCGUCGUCGAUGAUGUUGUUGCGUGACAAUAAACGUGUCUCAUUUCAUGAUGAGGAAAACAAUUAUGUUGCUAGUGCCUUCAAUAAUAUGGAAUACAAUGUAACGAUGGAACAGCAUAUGGCACCGACCGACUUGAAUACCAUAAGAGAGGAUACAAAUUUCCUAUCUCAAACCAUAGAUGCCUCCAUGUUGCCAUCAAUGCCUUCAACUCCCGAUACUGCAGCUUGGAAUAAUACAGUACAAUCAACGCCCGGUGUAAUAGGAGCUCAAGAAGUUUACAGAGAUCCUCGUACAAGACGUUUGGCGGAAAAACAACAACAGCAACAACAACGCAGCACUGAUGCGGUACCCGAAAAAUUGUCAUUUAAAGAGAAAAUGAAAAUGUUUGCCUUAGAAUCCGGCGAAGAUAAUACUCCUAAAGAUAAACUAAAAAUAUCCAGGGCACAAAGAGACAUUGAUGCAGUGCAUUAAAUAAAACACCAUACAACACAUUUUAAACUAUUAAACAAAAAACCACAAAAAUAAUUAAUUUUAAACAAAUUUAAUUAAUUAAUUAACACUUAUAAAAAAAUAUUAAAAAUGAAAAAGAAUUAAACAUAGUUUCCAACUUAAAUUUGAACAUUUAAAAGAAGUUAUAAAAAAAACUUUUAACGAAUUUGCUUAAAUAAGGCAAUAAUUAUUAACUAACUUUUAUUUUAUUUUUUAUUUUUUUUAAUUAUUAUUUUAUAUAAAUAAAUAAAUAAUAAUUUUUAUUUUGUUUUUUAAAUAUUAUUUUUAAAUAAGUCUUUAAACGAAAGUGUAUAGAAAAACUGAGUUAUAAACAUUAAUUUUAAACUAAACCAACAAAAGAAAAAAAAAACAUUAAACAAAUAAGCUUAAAAUUAUAAUUUGAAGUUCUAUACUUUAUUUAAUUUUAUUUUUUUUAUUAAUUAUUAUGAUUAUUUUUAGUGAAGUAUUUCAUUUUCUUUAUUCUUCAUGAAUUACCAACAAACUCUUUUUAUUUUCACAUAAAAACAUUAUAAUUUUUAAGUUUAUAAAUAGUUUUGUAAAUCAUUGAUUUCUUAAAUAUUUAAAUUUAAAUACCACUUAAAACAAAAGCAAAAUAUUUAUGUAAAAAUUUAAAAAUGAAACAAAAAAAAAACUUGAAAUUAAAUUAAACAAAACCUUAAAAUAUAAUCACAAAUGAAUUGUAUUCUUAUUAUACUUUGAUAAAUACAAGAAAUUAAUACGAAAAUCUUAAUGAUGCGAAAGUUUAACUAAUUAUAACAAAAUGGUCCAAUAUUUAUUACCUAAAAGUUUACAACAAAAAAAACUAAAUAACACACAAUACUUUAAUAUUAAAAGAAAAUUAAUUAUAAAUUUUAUAUAAAUUUAUGUGAUCUUUUUUCGUUUUUUAUAUAUAUUUUUUGUUUGUUUUAUUAUGGCUUUAAAUUUCCCUUAUCCUUAUAUGAAAACAUUUUUGAAAAAAUGUUUUCAUUAAAAAAAAUAUAUUAUAUAAAUAAAAUUUAGCAUUCCAUUAUUAAA